CAUCAUUUUCUUUGCACCGUCCCUAAAAAAAUGAACUUGUCAUGCACCUUCCUAUACAAUUCAAAAUUCUCCUAUUUUUUGUAUUAUAUAACAAGCCCUUCAUUCAUCUACACUUUCAAAUCACAAUAACAUAUUUUCCAUCUUCUUAGACUAAAAUAACACCUUAACAAAAUUUGAACCUUGCAUAAAGGGUCAUAGAAUUCUACAUAUUCAACUAUUUUUUUUGAGUUUUGAGUAUAUCUGCAAACAUGGUUUUUCGCCAACUUGUUUAUCUUAUUGCAGAGGAAAACACAUUACAGAAUGAUGAAAGCAACUCAACUUUGUUUGGUUUGAUAGAUUUUUUCAUGUAUUCAAUGUUCUUCAUUAGAAUACAUAAGUUCUUCUCGAGUUUCUGGUUUUUCCUUUUCUGCCAACUUCGUUCCGGUGACUUAGAAGUAAAGGGAAAAAAGCAGUUAUCAGAAACUGAAUUGAACGUUAGUAGAGACUCGAAUGUAAGCGGAGAAAGUGGAGAGAUUAAGAGGAAUGAAGUUGAAACGGUGAUGGCGAAUAUGGGACUUUUUUGCAGCUCAGAAAGUGAUGAACUUGAAGAAAAAUAUAGUUCGAAGGAGUUUUCUGAAUUGUUUGAUGAGAAUGAGCCAAGUUUGGAGGAAGUGAAGAUGGCUUUUGAUGUUUUUGAUGAGAACAAAGAUGGUUUUAUUGAUGCAAUGGAGUUGAAAAGAGUUAUGUGUAUUUUGGGAUUUAAGGAAGGUUCGGAAGUUGAGAAUUGUCAGAAGAUGAUUAAGAAUUUUGAUGCAAAUCAAGAUGGAAGAAUUGAUUUCAUUGAAUUUGUAAAAAUUAUGGAAAAUAGAUUGUGUUGAUUAGUUUUUUUCCUUUGUUUAAAGGAUUUAUAUAAUGUGAGUUAUUUUGACAUUUUCUUUUA